GUAAUGGCAAAAAAAUAGGACUUGGGCUUUCAUCAAUUUCGCAUAAUACUUCGAUGUCCUCUGUCGGUGGAAGAUUGUGGGUUAGUUCAGGGUAGUUUCUUGAAAACUUAACACCAGCCCGAAAGAAUGGUCCACGAAGAACAGUGCAGAUGAGUCUCUAGCCUGCAAAGAGGAUAUUGGCCCAAAGCCCAGAAGAAGAGGGAAUUGAAGAUACAACUAACACCUAUCAAGUAACAAGUAGUCAACAUGGGAGUACAGUAAAAUAUUAAGGCCUCUCUCUGUUUCUCGUCGUUUUCCCUUUCCUCCGGCAAAAAGUUAACUCUCUCUCUCUCUCUCUCUCAAAUUCUCAUUCAUUCCAAACUUAGUCAUUGACUCAAUUUUUUGCUCACAUUUUGAAGUGUCAUUUCUCUCAAUACAUUGCCAUGGAAUCCAAUGAAACCCGUUCCACUAAUCAACCACAACCAAAUCAAACUCUCCCCCCAACAUUAAAACGGAAACCAAUUCUGUUAUAUAUAUCAUCCAUUCUUGUUCUCUUUCUAGCAAUCUCAUUCACUUUCACCAAAACAAACUUUUACAAAACCCAACACCUAAGAUACACUCUCUCAUCACAUUCACACGCACACCCCACUUUUCUUCAAACCCUUCUAGGCUUUCUUAACCCAACCCCAAAACCCAAACAAGCCCCAGCACCAAAACCCAUUUCCGUUUCCCCCUUUUGUGUGCUAUGGAUGGCUCCUUUUCUUUCAGGUGGUGGGUACAGCUCAGAAAGUUGGUCAUAUAUCUUGGCCCUCCAUGAACACAUGAAAAACCCAAUUUUCAAAUUGGCCAUUGAGCAACAUGGUGAUCUUGAAUCACUUGAAUUCUGGGAAGGCUUGCCAAAAUAUAUCCAGAAGUUGGCAUUUGAGCUUCACCAAACAGAAUGUAGAAUGAAUGAGACCAUUGUGGUUUGUCAUAGUGAGCCUGGUGCUUGGAACCCUCCUUUGUUUGAAACCUUACCGUGCCCACCAGGUGCUUACCAAAAUUUCAAGUCCGUGAUUGGCCGGACCAUGUUUGAGACUGAUAGGGUGAAUUUGGAACACGUUAAGCGCUGUAAUCAAAUGGAUUAUGUUUGGGUUCCUACUGAUUUUCAUGUAUCUACAUUUAUUCAAAGUGGGGUUGAUCCUUCUAAGGUGGUCAAAAUCAUUCAGCCUAUUGAUGUGAAGUUCUUUGAUCCCCUCAAGUAUAAGCCUUUAGACCUUUCUUAUAUAGGGAAAUUGGUGUUAGGUACAGCAACCCGGAACUUGAAUUCGAAAAAGGAGUUUAUGUUUUUGAGUAUCUUCAAGUGGGAGUAUAGGAAAGGCUGGGAUGUAUUGUUAAGAUCAUACUUGAAGGAAUUCUCUAGUGUUGAUGGGGUUGCUUUGUAUUUACUAACAAAUCCAUACCAUUCUGAUGGAGAUUUUGGGAACAAGAUAGUGGAGUUUGUGGAGGAAUCUGGUAUGGAAAAACCAGUAGCUGGUUGGGCUCCAGUUUAUGUGAUUGAUACUCACAUUGCUCAAACUGAUUUACCGCGACUAUACAAGGCAGUUAAUGCAUUUGUUCUUCCAUCAAGAGGGGAAGGGUGGGGGAGGCCUCUUGUGGAAGCCAUGGCAAUGUCCUUGCCAAUGAUUGCCACGAAUUGGUCUGGGCCGACAGAGUAUUUGACAGAGGAGAACAGCUAUCCAUUGCCAGUGGAUAGAAUGAGUGAGGUUGUGGAAGGGCCAUUCAUAGGGCAUCUUUGGGCAGAACCUUCAGUUGAUAAGCUUCAAGUUCUAAUGAGGCAUGUGAUGAAUAAUGUCGAGGAAGCUAAGGCCAAAGGUAAGCGAGCAAGGGAGGACAUGAUAAGAAGGUUCUCUCCUGAGAUUGUUGCAGAAAUUGUUACUAAUCAUAUACAAGAAAUACUUCAGAAGGUGAGUUAAAAAUAGUUUUGGCUCUUUAUGUUGGAGGUUGUAUGCUCCUUAUAAUUGCUUUCUUGAACUUGGCCUGUCUAGCAACUGAUCCUGUAAUCAAGAUGGCUUGUGUGGACUGUUGAAGGAGUUGGUUAAUGUAAUGAUUUAAUCUGGUUUCUCGGAGAAAUAAAACUGAAUGGAUGGAAUUUGACUUGGAGGUAGUCACCCUUCAAGAAGAAGAAGAAGAAAAAGAAGAAAUGGAGACUUGAGAAAGAGAGAAUUUGGGAGAGAAAAGUGAGAAAUGUUAUGACUUAUUCCUUUAAUGAUGAAAUGCUAUGGAUUACAAGUAUUUAUACAAGAGCUACUUGCAAGUCUUAUUGGCUAAAAUAAGCAACGAACAACUUGCAAGCAAUUUGGCUCAAUUUCUUAAACACUUCUUUCUAUUGUAAUUAACUUGUACUUGCUUGAGCACUGGACCCAAGCUUUGCCCAAUUAACUUAGCUCCACUUCUUGCAAUCUUGCAA